AAACAAUUUAAAGGAACAAGUCUUGAAAUAUCAAACGUGUUAUGAGUUUACCUUAUCUGAAAAUAGAAAACCAUAUUUAAACAUCGAACUAUCAAUCAUUUUAUUAAAAAACAUAACAAAUAGCUUUUGGCUGAACAGUACAAAUUUUAAAUGUAGUAGAAAGCCCCAAAGCCUCAGAAUUUCCGAAAACAACAGGCGAAUUGCAUGAAUUUAUUUCUAAAAUAGCAAAAUCUUACACAUUAAAAGUAUCCAGACAUUUUCAAACUUCUUCUAUUGCCGGCAAUUCAGCUGUUUCCGUUGUUAGUGCUGUGUAGCGCCACAUUGUGUAAGCACACGCUCCCCAGCACUGCUGCUGCCACCGAUCCUGGCGCUUUCCAACACCGUUCCGAAUGAGAAUCCAGCACAGAAAAUUUGCUACGAAAAUAAAUAGAAGCACGGCGCAGGCAGACACCAAGAAAAUACCAGGACUAUUAGGAUGUCUGCGCGAAUGCUAAAGAAGCUGCAAGGCGACGCCGACAAACUGGCGCCGCCGCCAGAGGAUGAGGACAACGAGGAGCUUUCGGAUAAUGAUGAACUGGAGGACAGCGACAUGCAGCGCGACCGCAAGACCCAUCUAAAUCCAUUUGAUCUGUUGAACCAGCCCGGGUUGAGUCUCUCGGAGAGCGAGUUCAAGGAGGACGACAACGAGACGGAGCACCCGUCUGCGGCGCUGCCCAAUGCCAGUGCUGCGGCCCAGAAGAAAAAGAAGAAGAAGCGCAAGAAGAAGGCCAGAUCCAGCGGGAAUCACAUCAGCAGCGAGGACAACGAGCGCCAGGACAAGUACUUUGAAAAGGUAGAUCCACUGCUGGGCAAGGUGUACGAUGCAGUGCCCAAGCAAUCGGCAAAGCAGGCGGCCGCCGCCGGAGGCUCGGCUACCAAGAAGCUGCUGGGUGUUGAAUUGCGGCACCUGAAUCCGCAGAACGAGAUGCGACGCACCUUCGGAAAGCGGGUGGUUAAAGUGGAAACGAAGCGUGGUCGGCAAAAACCUACUCUCAAGUCUACAUAUAUGGUUACGGCCAAGGAGUCCUGGCCUCCGCUGACCAAAAACACCAUCACGAUGAAGCUGCUGCCCGCUCCCGACUCGCCUUCAGUUUCCACAAAAUCCAUUCUGGACAACGGGAGCGGGGGCGGCGAUGUGCAGUGGUUCGCCUUCGAGCAUAGCCAAUACUACCAGGGAGUGCAGCACAUGUUUCUUUCUGCCUUGGAGCGCAUCGAUUCGGAAUUCCUGAUCACGCUUAUUAAGCGCUGUCCCUAUCAUGUGGACUCCUUGGUGCAGCUGAGCGAGGUAUGCAAGAUGACAGAGGACUUUGCACUGGCUUCCGAGCUGCUGGAGCGAGCCCUGCUAUUGCUGGAGUCGUCGUUGCAUAUUAACUUCAGUCUGACCUCGGGUAACUGCCGACUGGACUACCGCCGCCAGGAGAAUCGCUCCUUCUACAUUGUACUGUUUAAGCAUGCGCAGUACCUGGAGGAGCGUGCCUGCAGCCGGACUGCAUUCGAGAUCUCCAAGUUGCUGUUGAGUCUGCAGCCGGACAUGGAUCCGCUGGCUAUGAUCUUGGUUAUUGACUACUACGCCCUGCGUAGCAAGCAGUUUGGAUGGCUGGUGGAAUUCUACGAGGAGUACAAUGCCGCCAGGAACCUCAACCAAUUGCCCAACAUGGCUUACUCGUACGCCCUGGCGCUGUACACGCUCCAUGGCGUCUGCGAGCGCUCCAACCAGGCACUGCAGUAUGCCCUGCUCAUGUUCCCCGGUGUGCUGCGGCCGCUUCUUGACGAGAUGUCCGUGCAGACCGACAAGCGGGUGCUGGCCUCCUCCUACUUCUUUGCGGAUGUAUCGGGAAAUCAAUCGCCCGCCCUGCACCAGUUGGUGUGUCUUUAUGUAUGCCGCGCUCGCGUCGUCUGGCGGCAGAACGAAGUGCUUCCCUGGCUAGAGUCCAAUGUCAAUGUUGUCCUCGAUCGCAUCGAGACUAAGGAUCCCGUAGUCAACGAGUAUAAGGAGAAGCGAUCACUUCGCUAUAGCGGUACUCCGCCUAGACCCAUUCUGCGGCAUGUGAUACUCUCCGACUACAAGGAAAAGGUGCCUCUGGCCGUUUUCGUGGCGAAGGAGAAACAAGCCAUCAUGACCUACGACCCACUGCCGCCGCCGAACAGCGUCAACUGCUAUCAACGAAAAUCCUCGUCGAGCAGCAGUCCCACAACGAACACAAACAAUUCCGUAUCAAUGUUUUUCCAAUCGCUCUUGCCAUCGUUCAACGUCAACAAUCUGGCAGCCGCUGCUCAACAGCCCCAGGCAGGCGUUGCCCCAGCUCCGGCCGCCGGAGCAGCCGCUGAGGCCGGCGCUGAUGCUGCUGCUGCUGCGGCAGUGGAACCAGCCAGGCAGGCAGCGAAUGGCGAAACCGAAGAAGCUGGUCUACAGCAGUCACUGACACUGAUGAUGGAUGCCAUGCGCGACUUCCUCCAGAAUUUCCGGAUUGCAGAGCAUCUGCGGUCCCCAGAGACGGCGGCGGCACAGUCUUCCAGUAGCAACGACGAGGAGAAGGGCUCCAGCGACUACGUUGACUAGUCACAGGUGUCAAUUAUUACGUUGAACGUAACGAAGUUGUGGCAUGGAACAAAUGUCUUUUUGAAACCACCUUUUUGCUAUUCCCUCAGCUAAGCGACACCGUCACAAAAUUUCUAUAUAUAUUAUGGUAUAUACAUAUAUUAGAGCAAUUUGAACACAUACGAAACCUACGAACACUAUGCAUUGAAUAAAAUUUUCCAUUAGAAGCUUUAA